AAUACCCCUUUUCCUUGGUAAUUACCCUAAUCUCAAUUUAUCACAACAACCCUCACCCCAGCAACUCUACGACAGGAACUCACCCGACCCGACCUGACCUCUCCGACAACAAUCUACCGGCGACGAAAGCAACUCAGUCACCGGCAACCACGUCUGGCGACCCGACCUCUCCUCGACAAAUCUGAAUUCCGGAAAAGGAUUGCUUUGCUAUUUUCGGGUGACCGCUUGUCUCUUUCUCUUCAAUUUAGGCCAAGCAAAGGGAACAGCGCAAAGGUAAGUUCACCAAGGUUUGGUCAAAUAUGGACAUGAAGGAAGAAAAGAUGGAUUUUAAGUCCAUAUUGAAGGAGAUGGAAUUUGUAGGCUCCGCGCACAUGACAUGGAAGGAAAAAAAGGAGUUGGAGAACAAGAAAGUAGUUGCACUUGGUGGGAAGCCUCAGAAGAAACAGAGAUUACCACUAAGUGUAGCACGAGUAAUGAUGAAGAAACAGAAGGAAAGGGAGGAGAAAAUGCAAGAAGAGAAUUUGGUACUUGGACGAUUCGGGGGAAGUAGUUCAAGAAAAGCAUCAGGAAGGCGCAGACCUGAGGACAGGGUGCUGAAAUCAACUGAAGGUCACUUCAGAAAUGGGGUGCUUGAUGUUAAAGAGUUGUUAAAACCUUCUGCACCUAAAGCUUCAUUUGAUAGGAAGCAGUCUUUUUCUUUUGGUGAAGGGAAGAAGAAGAGUAAGGGUGGUAAUAAAAAGAACAAGGGCAAGAAGAAUAAGUGUGGUGGUCGCGGCAGGAAGCGCCAUUAAACAUGGGGAUAAAUUGAAAAAAAGUUCUUCUUUAUUGAGUUUUCAUGCUUUAAAUCCUAGUGGAUUCUGGUUUCUGCUAAAUUUGAGUAUAGUUUCUAAUGUUGGGAGGAUGCAGUACUAUGUUUUUUGUUCAGAGAGAAAAUGGAAUAGAUCUUCCCAUAUGUAUUAGUACUGACAUGAUUUUUGUUGCUAUACUGUUGGCACUUGGCAGCAAAAGCUUGCAAAACAUUUUGUAUUAAGUUUUCAUUGCCUGCUCAAAAUUUUACUUAGAUGUGCUAAA